AAUAAACUUUUAUUUGCUUGUAAUGUACUAGUUAGUUUAAUUUAGUUGUAACUAGGCAAACAUGUCUGCGAGCGCAGACUCAGAGUCUGUGUGCGCACCGUACAACUGGGUGGAUAGUGCGGCGGUGUACAACAAGCGCGGAGAGCGGGUGCUCGCCGAACGCCUGCGCCGCGCACCCGCUAUCGCCCUCCUCUUCACAUCACGCGGCGUCGACAGAGAAGGCGUCGUAGCACGCUUCUGCCGCAUCUACCAGGACAUCAGCCACCUCCAUCUGCCUUUCGAGGUGAUCUACGUGCCCAUGGACGACACCGCAGAGGACGCGGCGGCCUCUUACGGCGAGCAGCCGGACUGGCUCACUCUGCGGUUUGAUGAUACCCUGGUACACGAGCUGAAGUACAUGCACGAGGUGACGUGCAUCCCGCAGCUGCUGGUGGUGCGGGGCGACGGCGCGAUGAUAUCCUCGCACGGGAUUUCUGACCUGGAGGAGUACGGGAGGAACGCGGUGCUGUCCUGGCUGCCCUCUGCCGCCUGCAGCGCGGCGCGGGGGGAUGACGCGGUCGUAGACCGCGACCUCUCCCUCCUGCAUGAUCAUCAUAUCAAGUUUGGUGAUGCAGAACAGAAGGUAUGAUAGACGUCACAUAUU